AUGCCAAAGAUAUUAGAAAGCAUUUCUCUAACAUUGUUAAAAUUAAAAAAUGAAUUAGUGUAUCAAAUAGACAUAUUUGGUCAACUUCCAAGUUUUACAGUUCUCAAUAGAAGUAAAUACACGUCCAAAUUUGGAUUUGUAAUGUCAAUUUUGAUUGGAACACUAAGUGCAUACUAUUUGAUUACUGAAAUCAAUUCUAUGAUUUCAAAAUCGAAGCCUUCGAUAUAUUAAACAGAAAUUCAAGUUUUAGAGACAGAUUCCUAUUAUCUUCAUAAUGAAAAUUUCACCUUAGCAAUAUCAAUCGCCAACCGCUUUUCCGAGCCGUUGAUUGGAAUCAAUAAAUACUUUAAUUUGAAUGUGAGUCAGUGCAGUAGAGAAAGGAUAAGAAAUCCAUCAACAGGAAAUAUAACAGUCUCAUUGAAGUGCAUUGAAAUGCCAAUAGAGCCUUGCAAUAUGUCGCAUUUUACAACUGACCUUUAAAAAGAAUACUUUAAGACGAUAAGAUUUGGCGGAGUUCAAUGUAUUAAUAGAGAUUAUAUAAAAACAAAUCCCCCAGUUUUAAAAGGCUAAUUCAAUGCCUUGGAAUAUAAAUAUUUAUAUAUAUAAUUCACAGCUUGCCAGAAUACUAGUACUUUUCAGGACUGUGCUCCUUAAGAAGAAAUCUAAGAUAUUUUGUAAGCAGGCCAUUAUAAUGUCUAUAAAAGUGAUUAUUUAGCCUAGCUUGAUAAUCCUGGAGAACCAUAUAAAUAAAUUAUUACAAAUGAGUUCAGCGGUUUUUCUUAUAGCACAUCAAAAACGAUUGUGUAGUCAUAUAGAGUUGUUCAGACUACCACAGAUGAAGGGUUAAUUUGGGAUGUUGAAAAUGGUUAGUAAAAUAUUCAACAAACAGAUUGGAGAGAAAUAUCAGACUUUUAUAACUAGUAAUAUCUAAUUCUGCACUUUAUCAGGUUAGACUUCAAAUAGACUAAUAAUAUCAGAACAUAUAUCAAAUUGUAAACUAUUUUAGGAAAACUUGGAGGUAUUUUGCAAAUCUUUAUAAUAAUUGUUGCUUUAAUAUCUAAACCUAUUAUAGACAAUUUGAUGAAGCUUGAAAUAGCAAAUUCUCUCUACAGAUUUUAAGGCGUAUAGGAAAAACAAAUCUAACCUCCAACUCAAGCCUAAAUUAUUUAGACGGAUAGGGAGUUCUCAUCACCAAUCAAUUUGAAUAAUCAUCCUAUUGAAAAUUUAAGUAUAGACUGUAAUUAAAAGCUAAAUCAAUCUAUGUGGGAGACAUUUCUUAUCAUUUUUGGGUUUUAGAAAGAUAAGCAUUAACAAUUUGUUAAAGCCAGAACAAAAAUCAUAAAGAAUUUAGAUAUUGUGACAAUACUAAAAAAGUUAUAAGAGAUAGAUCUGCUGAAGAAGAUCUUAUUUACUAAGGAAUAGAUAGAAAUUCUGAAGAAUUUACCACCUCCUCUAAUUAAUACGAAAUUACCAAUUCCUUAAAAAUUGAUAGCGCAUGAUUUAGAAAAAGAGAAAGAUAAUCAAUUAAACAUAUCACCAUCACAAUGCAAACACUUAUAGUCCAGUUAAUCUCAAUUCGUUCCAAAAUUGAACCCAAUUUUGUCGAAAUCUUACAUCAAUAACUAAUUAAAACUAUAUUUAGAUCAUUGCAAUGUAUUUAAAAAAAAAAAUUAAUAGGAUUCUUAAAAACAGAAAGGGAAACUAUCAACUAGUUUUAUUAAAAGCCCUUGCUCUCCUCUAUCAGACAUUCAAUUAAUACCAUGUGAUGAAAUAGAAGAGCCAACUCCUUAGAAACCAAAAAAAUGA